AUGGAUGAGAGUCAAGACGUUCCCGACACAAUUUUCAGUAGUAGUCCAUUACGUAAAGUAGUUCGUUUUAAUGAAAAAGAUGCAAUCCCACAACAAUUAACAACAUCUACUAGUCUAUUAACAUCUUCGUCAACGAUAACUUUGCCAUUUCCAUUAAUAUCACAAAAACCAAGCGUACGUUUUCAACUGUUUUGUCUUUUUCUUUGUCUUAUUACUGCAUUGGCUCUUGGAUUUAUUCUCAGUCUGUUAUUUAUUACUCAAAUAGUACGUAUGCCUAAGCCAAAUUUUCUAUCGUAUCGAUUUUUUUCGAAAUCAUCUGAGCAAAAUGCAAUAAAUAAUCAAAUUCAUUUAUAUGAACAUUUCAAUCCACUGUGGAUUAAUGAAUUAGAUUUAAGUGCAGAUAUUUGUAAUGAUUUUUAUGGUUUUACAUGUCGCAAAUGGCUAUCGAACCAUCCAUUAUCACCGCUUGAAUUAAAAAGAAGUUGGCUAACUGAAAGAUCACAAAAUAUUCGUGACGCUUUCGCUGAAAGGCUAGCUAAUUUAAGUGAAAUUGAGGCAUACAACUAUCAACUACAAGCUGACAAAAACAAUACUCAAGAAUCAGUUGAAGAUACAACUUUGAAUUAUUUUGAUGGAUUAUCAUCAGACAAAAAUGAACUGGAAUACUUCUAUUCUUCUCAUGAUGAAUAUGAAAAUGAAAAGCAUAAACUAGUUAAACGUGAAUCAACUAUAGAUCCUCAAGAUUUAUCUCAAUCAAUAUCUAAUAUGUUACUUUAUUAUCAUCAAUGUAUUCAUACGUCUGAAUCGGUUCUAAUCGACGACUUAAAACGAUUAGCAUACGAUCGUUUUUGGUUUACAAAUAAUUAUGAAAUUAUUUCAACAAUAAAUCAUUUCCAUUUUCUAUUUGAACAAAUGAUUGAACAUCCAUUAAUGGGCAUAUGGAAUGUAAAUACAAUAAAUUUUGGUACACAAAUUAUUAUUCAUAUUCAAAGAAAAAUUCAAGAUCAACAAAAAUUUCUUUUAUUACAUCAAAUAGAACAAGCUGGUAUUUUCGAACAUUAUGUACAAAAAAAUCAUAUUGAUUUAUGUUAUCAAUCAGCUCGUGUUGGUCCAUUAGCAAAUACAUUAAAAGAAUACAAUGACGUGUUAACAUCAACACUGGUACCUUCUGAAUCUUCAAUAAACGAUGAUUUACAUAGUUUAAUAUCAAAACAAGAUUCUUUACCAAUUGUUUAUUCAUCUGUAAGACGUCCGAAUGAUUUACGAGAUUUAAUUCAAUUUAUGUUAGAUAAAGAUAUGAUUCAAUCGUUAAAUAAUACAGAUACUUAUGAUUUAUUUUUGAAUUUUACACAUGAUCUUGAACAGUAUUUAUUGCACACACCCAUAUUUCGUAGCACAAUAUCAAGUCAAUGCCAAUUAUUUCUUAAUUAUUAUAUUCGUAUUCGAUCAUUGAAUGAAACAAAAAUAGAAUCAUGGCUAGAUUAUAUAUCAUCAUCGAUAAUACAUUUAAUUCUUCAUUCGUGGCCUGGUGAUGCAUCCUAUACAUGUUUAUAUUCAACAAUAGUUCGACAUAAUCAAUUUGAAAUAAUUCCAUAUUGGCAUACAUUUAUUGAGUAUACAAAAAGUCAAAUAAAAGAUAUUUCAACGCCGAUUAUUACAGUUGAAAUACGAUUGGUCGAUUUCUUUCAGCUUGAUUCAACAUUUCGAUUUUUAUUUGCUGAUCAAUUUGCACAUUAUUGUAAUUUAAUGGUUUAUAAAUAUGGACCUAAACUAUUACCAUUUGUUAGUACUUUUCAUGAAGGAAUACAAAUUACUUUAAAAAGUCUUUGGAAACAAGUUCUACAAGAAAAUUUCAAUGAACAAAUCAAUGUUCAUUCUUCACUUGUACCAUCAAAUCUUGUACCGGACGAUUGUCUCACUUUACUUGAAUAUUACUAUCCAUAUACAUUAUCAUCAUUUUAUGAACACUAUAUGUCAAAUAAAACUGAACAACUUUAUGUCGUAGCCGAUGAGCUUCGCAAUCUUCUUGUAAAUAAUUCUGAUAAUGAAUUUUUAUCAUCAAUUAAAUUUCAUAUAAAACCUGAACGCCUGAAAUUAUUCGAUGAACUUUCAACAACAAAAUCUCAUAUUCCAUAUGAAUAUUAUUUAAUUGAAGAUAAUUAUCUAUCAACAGCAUGGAAUAUAAUUGAAAAUUUUCAAGAAGAAGUUUUCCAACCAAGCCAUACAUUUUUCGAACUCAACGGUCAUCAUACAAUUGAGCACGGAAUAUUUUUACAGCCAACAAUAGCUGAACUUUAUUCAAAUGAAACAACACGUCAAGCCGCACUUCUACUUAUUGCACACGAACUUGGUCAUGCAUUGUGUCCGUGUGGAAUCAAUCAAACUGAACGUGAAUAUUACGCUGAUCUGAUUGCACUUCAUCUAAUUAUUGAUUAUAAUGAACAACAAUGGAAUCGGACAUUAACACCGAUGGAUUUAAAAACAUUUUUUAUUACAUAUGUUCAAUCAGAAUGUAUGCAUAUCAAUCAUGAGAUUGUUUCAUUAAUGAAUAAACAAAAAUAUUUUAUUGAAUUACAUAUCAAUCGAGUAUUACAAGAAAAUGAUGAAUUUCAAACAAUAUUCAAUUGUUCCUCGAAUCAAGAUAGAUCAACAAGAAAAAUGAGUAGUCUAUUACUGGAAUUAUGUGCUACAUGUAGAAAAGUCAAACAUUAA